CACACUCAGCGUCUGGUCACGUUACGUCCGGCGCAUAUUUGUGCAUUAAAGUGAGAACGAUAGCGUGUAUUGUGUUUGUGGAUUAUUAAAUAGCAAAGAUGAAAGUCACUUUGGCCAUAGCGACUUUCUGCCUGGUGGCGGCCUGUGCCAAUGCACAAAGAGGCAAGACCACAACCACGACAGGCACCAAGCCAGGACGUUUCCUCUCGCUGCCUGUGCCCGCCAAGUGCGCAAGCCGUCCCAAGGAGUUUUCGUACCGCGGCAAAAACAUGUUCCUAAGCACCCAUGUGCCAGCUCUGGCCAACAGGAAGGUCGACUGGCUGGAUGGCCGUAAUCUGUGCCGCGAAUACUGCAUGGAUCUGGUCGCUCUGGAGACCCAAGAGAAGAACAACCUGAUCUUCCGCGUCAUUCAGCAGAACGAUGUGCCUUACAUUUGGACCGCUGGCCGCAUCUGCGAUUUCGCUGGCUGCGAGAACCGUCCCGAUCUGGAGCCCAAGAACGUUUAUGGCUGGUUCUGGUCCGCAACUCGCGAGAAGAUCCAGGCCACCAACCGCAUUCCUCAGGGCUGGGGCUACAAUCCCUGGUCUCAGACCGGCCACAAGAAGCGUCCACAGCCCGACAACGCUGAGUACGACAUCAACCAGACCAAGGAACAGUGCCUGUCUGUGCUCAACAAUGUCUACAACGAUGGCAUCGCAUGGCACGAUGUUGCCUGCUAUCACGAGAAGCCCGUCAUCUGCGAAGAUAACGAGGAGCUGCUGCGCUAUGUGGCUGCCACGAAUCCAGGCAUUCGUCUAUAAGCUGCUUUCGUAUUGUUUUGCGUAAUUUUAAAGCUACCUUAUUAUAAUAUUCCUCAUAUGAGUUUUUUUUGUAUAAUUUCUUGUUUAAUUGUGUGUACGACGAAUGGAAAACAAAUAGACUUUAGAAUUUACAAGCUACCCGAACUUACCACCUAGGCACAUUCGCAGUCAUUUCCACAAAAGAAAAAAAGAAAGAAGAAUUUGAAAAAAAAAAAAAA